AUGAGCUAUCAACCGGAAGAUUCCUCAACGGGGGUGGAGAUUGACGAAUAUGACCAGACUGCACUUGGCCGCGCUAGGCCGAGGCUUCAUGACGACGAAGAUGAUGGCUCCGACACAUUUGAAGACGACGACAUGGAAAGCACAGUUGGUGCGCCGGUGAAUGGAAACCAAAAGAACCAAGGGCAUGGCGACGAAGAAAUAGAGCUUCCUGCUCAUGCAUGCGCAUACUGCGGUAUCCAUAACCCCAGUAGCGUCGUCAAAUGUCUUUCGUGCAACAAAUGGUUCUGCAGUGCUCGUGGAAAUACAUCCUCGUCUCAUAUUGUCAAUCACCUUGUUCGCGCUCGUCAUAAAGAAGUUCAGCUUCACCCUGGCUCUUCUUUGGGUGAUACCAUUCUCGAAUGCUACAACUGUGGCACCAAGAAUGUUUUCUUGCUUGGUUUCAUUCCCGCCAAGUCAGAUACAGUUGUUGUGCUUCUCUGUCGUCAGCCAUGUGCCUCCAUGCCUUCAUCUAAGGAUAUGAAUUGGGACACUUCUCGCUGGCAGCCACUUAUUGAGGAUCGCUCCUUCCUUCCCUGGUUGGUGGGUGCGCCUACUGAUCAAGAGCAGCUCCGAGCCCGCCACCUCAGCCCCCAGGUCAUUGCCAAAUUGGAAGAAAUGUGGAAGGAGAACAGCAAUGCGACGCUCGAGGAUCUAGAGAAAGCCACUGCAGUGGAUGAUGAGCCUGCGCCAGUUCUACUUCGCUACGAUGAUGCCUUCCAAUACCAGAACAUCUUUGGUCCACUCGUGAAGAUCGAGGCUGAUUACGACCGCAAGCUGAAGGAAUCUCAAUCUCAGGAUGGAUUGAUUGUGCGCUGGGAUCUUGGUCUUAACAACAAGCAUCUCGCUAGCUUUGUGUUGCCCAAGCUUGAGCUGGGAGAUGUGAAGCUGGCUGUUGGUGAUGAGAUGCGUCUCAAGUACAAUGGUGAACUGCGUCCCAAAUGGGAAGGAGUUGGUUACGUUAUCAAGAUUCCUAAUAACCAAUCUGACGAGGUGACCAUUGAAUUGCGCGCCAAGGGUGACCACAAGUCAGUCCCAACCGAAUGCACUCACAACUUCAUGGCAGACUAUGUCUGGAAAUCCACUUCUUUCGAUCGCAUGCAAUGCGCCAUGAAGACAUUUGCCGUGGACGAGAUGAGUGUUUCUGGUUACAUCUUUCACCGCCUUCUUGGUCAUGAAGUUGCGGCCGCUCCCAUGAAGACACAGAUUCCGAAGAAGUUCAGCGUUCCCGGUCUGCCUGAUCUGAACGGCAGUCAGAUUAACGCAGUGAAGAGUGUUCUGCAGCGCCCUCUCAGUCUGAUCCAGGGUCCACCUGGAACUGGUAAGACCGUCACCUCGGCCACCAUCAUUUAUCACCUUGCCAAAAUCAACGGAGGUCAGGUGUUGGUUUGCGCUCCAUCCAACGUAGCGGUUGACCAGCUUUGCGAACGUAUCCACCGAACAGGUCUCAAGACCGUCCGCGUCACUGCCAAAUCUCGUGAGGAUGUUGAGUCUGCCGUUGGUUUCCUUUCACUCCACGAGCAGGUUCGCAUGAACGACAGCAACAUUGAAUUGGUGAAGCUCAACCAGCUUAAGGCCGAACUUGGCGAGUUGUCCAGCCAGGACGAAAAGCGCCUGAAGCAGCUCACCCGGUCUGCCGAGCGCGAAAUUCUCACCAAUGCGGAUGUCAUUUGCUGCACUUGUGUGGGUGCAGGUGACCCUCGUCUCUCCAAGGGCAAGUUCCGUACUGUCCUGAUUGAUGAAUCUACCCAAUCUGCCGAGCCCGAGUGCAUGAUCCCGCUGGUUCUUGGUUGCAAACAAGUUGUUCUGGUCGGUGACCACCAGCAGCUUGGUCCUGUUAUCAUGAACAAGAAGGCCGCCAAGGCUGGCCUGAACCAGUCUCUGUUCGAGCGUCUCGUUAUCUUGGGAUGCUCUCCCAUCCGUUUGAACGUCCAGUACCGCAUGCACCCGUGUCUUUCGGAAUUCCCAUCGAACAUGUUCUACGAGGGCUCUCUCCAGAACGGUAUCACUAUUGCUGAUCGUGUUCGUCGUGAUGUUGACUUCCCCUGGCCCAUCAUUGAUGACCCCAUGAUGUUCUGGUCGAACCUCGGCAAUGAAGAAAUCUCGGCUUCGGGAACCUCGUACCUUAACCGCACCGAAGCAACCAAUGUCGAGAAGAUUGUUACCCGUUUCUUUAAGGCAGGUGUGCAGCCCAAGGACAUCGGUAUUAUUACCCCCUACGAGGGACAGCGUAGCUACAUCGUUAGCUCUAUGCAGGCCAAUGGUACAUUCAAGAAGGAGCACUACAAGGAGAUUGAGGUCGCAUCCGUCGAUGCCUUCCAGGGCCGAGAGAAGGAUUACAUCAUUCUCUCUUGUGUACGUUCCAACGACCACCAGGGUAUUGGUUUCUUGAGCGAUCCUCGUCGUCUCAAUGUUGCCCUUACUCGUGCCCGUUUCGGUCUGGUCAUCCUCGGAAACCCAAAGGUUCUCUCCAAGCAUCCCCUGUGGAAUUGUCUCCUGCAGCACUUUAAGGAACGACACUGUCUCGUUGAGGGACCUUUGUCCAAUCUUCAAGAAUCUUUGAUUCAGUUCAGCCGUCCCAAGCAAGCCUACAGAGGUCCCCAGCGCUUCCAGAUGUCAUUCAGCCAAGCUUCCAAUGCCCCUAACGGCGCUGUCAAUGGUCGCAAUGGUCAUCGCAAUGAGUAUCACGACUCUGGAUCCGUAGUCGGCUAUAUCCCCGAUGAUGUGUCUUCGGUUCACUCAUCUGCUCUUGGUGGCGUUGGCCUUCCCUCUGGGUACCCGCCCAUGUUCCAAAACUUUGGCGAUAGCUGGCCUGCUAUCUCCGGGGGUCGCCGCGCAAACGGUGGCCAAGGCAAGGGUGCUCCUAGUGUGGCUGGAGAGUCCGUCGCUGCGACCGAGUCCGAUGUCACCAGCAGCAUUGUCGACGGCCGUAGCGUUGACCAAGGUGGUGUCAGCCUCGCUGGCCUCAGCAUCAACGACAUGAACAAGCAGCCCAGUUUGAGCCAAUCUGACCGUCUGAAGCGCUAUGUGGAGUCUGGUGGACGCGAGCCUUACAGAGCUGGAGUUCCCGACAAUGGAAGCAUCUUCGGAGGUAGCUCAGCCAGCAUUCGCGUGACCCGUGGCGCGCCCGGUCAGAAUAUUCACGAUGACGAUGACGCUCGCAGUGUCUCCACUGCUUUCGCCAGCCAAGUCGGCGGUAACUACGACUGA